GGCACACUGCACCAGCUCCAUCAUUUAGCAUUCCGUCAUUCAAAUUCAAAAUAUUUAAUAAGUUGAAGAUCAAAAUGCAUUUGAUUUCCACCUCGAAGAAAACAGUGCUCUCCGACUUUGCGGACCUCGAGACAAAGUCGGAGUAUGCCCACGCCGGCGGUGAACCGAGGGACUUCCAGUUCAAUGGCCAGGGCCGCGUCUUUGUCGAGGUGGAUAAAAUGGCGGGCUUGGCGGUGAUGCGGAUAAAAGAGAAUGAGGAGAAGACAGGUCCCGAGAUCCAGCGAGUCCGCAAGUUGACCAUCGACAAUGCCUACUGUGUGGCCUGUGCCAAGCAAACGCUUGAAGAGAUUGCCGUGGGCCAGAGCGGCAGUAUCAAGAUCUACAACAUAAGGACGGCACAGUUGAUCCACAGGUUUCCCCCGGAUCCGCAGCGCAGUACUGUCCUUUACAUGGAUUACAACAGCACGGAUGAAUAUAUAGCAGCUGUGCGCGAGGGCGGCAGCAUCAAUAUCCUGGGCACCAAGACCAAGCUCAAGAUGAACACCUUUACCAUCGAUGGCGACUCCACCCUGGUACGCUUUCAUCCCAGCAAGCGCUUCCAGCUCUCAAUUGCCUCCUACAAGGGAGCCGUGACUGUGUACGAUGUCCAGGGCAAGCGGAAGAUUUUCCAUGCCAGCGAGGCGCACAGCGCUCCCUGCCGGGACAUCAGCAUGUGCUCAUCCCAGCCCGCGCUGCUGGUCAGUGUGGGCUACGACUCCAAGAUCAAUAUCUUCGAUAUUCGAAAAAAUAGGGCCCAGGCCUCAACUGAUCGUCUGAGCUACUUCCAUCCGCUGUCCACGGUGGCGCUCAGUGAGUGCGGCACUUACUUCUGUGCCGGCACUCUCAAGGGUGAAUUGAUUGCCUACGAUAUGAGGAGCACAAAGGCACCCUUGGCCGUAAAGAGGGUACACGAUGGCGCUGUGACCCGUGUGGCUUUUGUGCCACUGUCCAGCGAGGAUAAUCCCCAAAGCGGUGGCCUGAAUAACUUAGGAGGAUUAAGUGGCCUGGCGCAGGAUAUUCCUCGUGUGGAGCGCGCCAACAGCGAUGAGCUGCGCAAAUCCAUAGCCGCAAAUCUGCUAAACACACAGCAGCAGCUGAACAACAUGGCCAGCAUGGGCUAUGGUAUGGUCACACCUGUCAAUACUGGUCCACGAAGGGAUUCGUUCUGUGACUUCCUGGAUGCUCAGGGUCCAAGGGCAGUGGAGCGUAUGUCCACGCGAUUCAGCACCUCCCACAGGGACAGCUUCGAUUGGGAGACCCUCAACAGAAGGCCCAAUCCGAACGAGACUAACCAGCGUCAAAGCAUGUAUGCAGCAGCAGUGGGAGGAGGAUCCAGCUCGGUUGAGAGUUCGUGCAACAAUACCACAGGGGAGUCACUGCAGCAGACCCUAAGCGGUCCUCUUAAGGAUCGCAGCAACCUGUCCGGCGAGGUGAAGCUUAUGAAGAUUGCCGAGACCGAUGAGCAGGAUCAGUCGUCACAUUGUUCCGUGGUCAGCAGCCCAGGCGCUGGCAGCGACAAGGAGAAUCCUCCGCCUCCGGUGGACGCCGAUAUGAAGCAAAGGCUGCGCCUGCUUUCGUCCAGCCGUUAUAGCACACCGCAUCAUGCCAAUGUCACUCCAUCAUCCUCGAAUCCCAACUUGAAGCCUCAACAACUGCUGGCCAAAUCCUCUAGCGGCCUUUCGGCUGUCCAAAUGGAUGGCGCUGAUUGGCGCAAGGAGUUCAACGAUUUAAAGGAGUUUGUUGACGAACGCUGCGGACGCAUGGAACGUGAAUUGGAGUACAUAGCUAACUGGAACCAGCGCCAGAUAGUCAAUCAGUUGACCAACUACUCGAAGCAACAGCUGCAGAAUACGAAAGACAUACGGGAUGGCCUGGCCCAUCUCCUGCGAGCCGAUCACUUUGUGCGGGAGUUUGCUCGUCUGCAACAGGAUAAUGAAAUGCUGAGAGCAGAGUUAAAAUUCUACAAAAAACAGGAGGAAACUGAAUUCGGAGGCGAAUGAACAAGUUAAGUUUUAAUUAUUUUCUUUAUUUUUUUAAAGUUUUUGUUAUUUGUAUAUCGCCAGAAAAUGAUUUUCAAACAUUGCAAGCUUUGAAGGAAUAAGAUUCUUGUAAAAACAACUAAGGAAAUGAAGGUUAAAACCACAGAUGAUAGAAAGAAGUUGAAUUAUAUUUAAGAAAUUGCAUAUUAAAAAUUAAAAAGAAAAGCUAAUCUCAACAGAAAUAAAUAUUUAUUAAUAUCUUUGAAA